AUGGCCGAACAAAUCGCAGAGGAAAUGCUGGAAUGGCUCGUUGACUCCAGCGAAGCUUUCAACCUGAAUCUUGUUCGCGCCGGCUCUGGCCAAGACGUCUUUGAAGAGCCCUUCAAUCCGGCAUUCACAUACCCCAUCUUCGGAGAGGACGAGAAGAUCUUUGGCUACAAGGACGUCGAACUCAACCUCCGCUUCCGCGCGCACGACCUCAAGCCGUCGUUUGACAUUCAGUAUGGAGAGAAGUUCAAGGGCAUUGGAAAGAUCCAGGCUAUGGAUCUAAAGGAUAUACUGAAGGAUUUCAUUCUUCCAGAGGUCCUCAAUGGCGACAACUCGGCCGAGAACGGCUCCGCGGAUAGCUCGGACAGCAAGUGGACACCCCCGGGCAAGCUCAUCAAGAAGUACACGCAGUAUGGCAGGAACUUCGAAAUCUGGUCGGGCAGCUUGACCGAUCCCGCUCUCAAGCAGAUCUUACGAAAUGUGCAGGUUCUGGUCCCGUUGUUUAUUGAGGGUGGGACUCUGCAGGACCUGAACGACGAGGACUGGACAAUGGAGCGCUGGAAGGUCUUCUUACUCUAUGAGGUCACGCCUCUCGAGGAGGACGAGACUUCCUCGCCCUAUACAUUCGUCGGUUUCGCAACCUCUUACCGCCUCUGGGUCUUUCCCACGAAAGAGAUACUCGCUCUCACUCACGACACGCCUGCUGCGCAUGCGGCCGAGAAGGAUCCUGUGACGGGUGUCUUCCUUGGCAACUACAGCCCGCUUGAUGCACCCUCGCGCGAGCGCAUUUCGCAGUUCAUCAUCAUUCCGCCUUUCCAGGGCCAGGGCCACGGCAGCCAUCUCUACAACACGAUGAUGUCCAUGUUCCUCAACGACAGGAACGUCUUCGAGGUUACGGUGGAGGAACCGAACGAGGCGUUCGAUGACAUGCGUGAUUGGUGCGACCUUGCACGCCUCCGCCAGAACCCGACGUUCGCGAACAUGACCAUCGCGGACAGUAUUCCUGCCGAGGCUUUGGCUCCAGACGCAGAGUCGCCGUCUGCCCUCCUGCUGCCGCAAGACGAGCUUACGAAGAUCCGCCACGCAGCCAAGAUUGUGCCCAGGCAGUUCCACCGUCUUGUCGAGAUGCACACGCUCAGUCAGAUUCCCGCGACCAACCGCAAGCUUGCGCGCAUCACGCGGAAGCAUAAAGCAGCCGAUGCCAACGAUCGUCGGUACUAUUUCUGGAGGCACCUGACCAAGGAGAGACUAUACAACCACAACAGGGACCAGCUCAUGCAGAUCGACGAAAGCGAGCGGGUAGAGAAGAUCGAGGCGGCUCUUCCAGGGCUGGAGGCAUCCUAUGAAAGAAUCAUUGAGAGGGCUGAGAAGAGGCCAAUUACGACAGGAGAGGGAUCUGGGAAGAAAAUCCCGGCCAAGAGAAAGAUGGUUAUUGAAGAUGACGAGGAUGACGAAGAAGAAGAAGCAGAGACGGGAGCCAAGAAGGCAAAGGUUGACGCGUAA